GCAACGGCGGUGGCGGGUUUGCAAGCAACAGCAGCGCUGAGCUCGACGGGCGAUGCAUGAAGCCGGCCUUCCCCGAGGGACCUCCUCGCCUCCCCGCCGCCCCUGAAGGAUCUCCCCCCCCCCCCCCCAUGGCCGUCUACAGGCUCAACGUGCGCGUCUUCUGGCCGCUCCUGACCUGCGCGUGCACCGUCCUGGUCUGCCUGUUGCAAGCGCUGCGCGGCAAGGCCGGCCCGACGGGCGGGGAAGCGGGCUGGCCGCUGCCGUCGCUGCUGAGAGGGCUGCCGGUUCCUCCGCUGCUGCUGCUGCUACUCUUGCUGGCCGCGCUGGGCUUGGGCGGGCGGGCUUGGUGGACGGCGCGGCAGCAGCAGCAGCAGCGACGGCGGCGGCUGAAAGGCGGCUCGAUCGGCAGCCCCGGCGCUUCCAGCGGACGGGAAGCCCGGCGCCGCGCCUUGCUGGACGGCUUCUACGAGACGCGGCUGCGGCUCUCGCCCCACGUGCUGGGCCACAGCAAAGCCCACGUCAGCCUGGUGGUGGGCGAGCUGGUGCGCGCCGGCAAGGCGGCCGGCCGGCUGUCCCUGCGCGGGGAUGUCGUCCAAGUGGGCAGCGCUUACGAGCAGCACAAGGUGGGCAGCCCCGACGCCUUCGACGUGCUGGUGCCGCUGCGUCUGCCGCCCCGGCUGGAGCUGCGCGCCCUGCCUUACGCUCCGGAGGAACAGCAGCCAAAGCAGCCCGGGGGGCGGCGGGGCGCUUUCCUCUGCGUUUUGCGCGUCGCCGAUGGCGCGCAAGGCUCCCCGAGCCGGCCCCUGUGCGUGGCUGCAAGCCAGGGCGAGGCGGACGGGGCGUCCCUGCUGUCGGCGGCGCUGGUGGCCCGCUGGUUCCAGGCGCAAGUGCAGCGCUGCCUUUGCGCCGUGCGCGCCCGCCUGCAAGAGCGUUGCCGGGUGCAAUUGGCCGUAGGCGCUGCGCCCUGCCCGCUGGCUUUGCAGAUCGCGCCCCGCUCGGAUUACGUCUGCUGCCACCUCUCCCUGACCGUCCACCUCACCCCGGCCAUCCCGCUGGGCGAGGGGCUCUACCUCACCCCCUGGGUUUGCCUCCAGCCUUCAACGGCCCCCCAACUGGGCACUUUCUGGACCCUCAACCUCUCCAAAGCCGAGCAGCGCUUGCUGGCCUGGCUGCGGGACCAACUCCUGCCCGACUCCUGCCACCUGAAAUGUUUGCAGAUCCUCAAGGGGCUGAGGGAGCUGGGGAGCCGUGCCCUGGAGCCCCCCUGGGCUGCCCAGUGGGACCGGGUCCUCUCCUCCUACGUCCUCAAGACGGCGCUUUUCUGGGUGCUCCUGCGUAUCCCGUGGCAAGCUUGGGAGGACCAGUUCUUGGUGGCCCGGCUGGAGGACGUGGUCCUUUUCCUGGUGCAGGCUCUGCAGCGAGGGAGGCUGGCCCACCUGUUUCUGGGGAACCCUCACCUGCCCGAAAUCCUGAGCUUGCCCAAAUUCGUCAAGGAAGCCUCUCCGGUGAACCUGCUGGCCGAUUUUGAGCGUCCCACUUUGGAGAAGGUGGCCUCGCAGCUGCUGAGCAUCUGGAAGCAGGCGCCCAGGAUCAUCCGGGUGUACGGUGGCCCCAGGUACCGAAAGCAGAACCUCACCUGAGGCUCCUCCUUUACCCCUCGCCAGCCUGGACUUUGCACCCCCCCAAAAUGAAGGUUGAGUUGCCGUAUAUUC